AUGAAGAUCUCUGAAAAGUUAGAGCAGGCCCACUCAGUGGCCCUGCCACCCCCAGCCACCUUUUCGUUUGAAUUUUUUGUACCCAAAACGUCCCAAGGGGUUCAAAAUUUAUACGAUAGAAUGGAUAGAAUGUAUGAUUUGAACCCGAUCUUUAUUGAUAUCACCUGGAAUGCCGGUGGGCGUUCCUCCACUUUGACUAACGAUAUGGUUUAUACUGCACAGGGGGCCCUUGGUCUUGAAACAUGUAUGCAUUUGACUUGUACUAACAUGAAGGUGGAAUUGAUUGAUGAAGCUUUGGAAAAAGCAUAUAAGUCCGGAUGUCAGAAUAUUUUGGCCUUGAGAGGUGAUCCUCCAUUGGAUGGGUCGGAAAGCACUGGUGAUUUCAAGUAUGCCAAAGAUUUGAUCAAUUAUAUUCGUAAUAAAUAUGGCGAUCAUUUCAAUAUUGGGGUUGCUGCUUAUCCAGAAGGACAUCCAGAAGAAACUGAUGAACAAUUGAUCUUGAAGUAUUUGAAAGAGAAAUGUGAUGCUGGUGCUGAUUUCAUUAUUACCCAAAUGUUCUACGAUGCCGAAAACUUCAUUAAAUGGUGUUCUCAAGUUCGUAAAAUUGGUAUUAAUAUUCCAAUUAUUCCUGGUAUCAUGCCAAUUUCAACUUAUUCUGCUUUUAUUAGAAGAGCUAAAUGGUCUCAAAUUGUUAUUCCUCAACAUUUUUUGGAUGCCUUAGAUCCAAUUAAAGAAGAUGAUUAUUUGGUAAGAGAACGCGGGACUGAAUUGGUUUCCGAUAUGUGUAAUCAAUUAAUUAAGUCAGGUUACGUUAAUCAUUUGCAUUUCUAUACUAUGAAUUUAGAAAGAGCCACCAUCAUGAUUUUAGAACGUUUGAAAUUAGUCGAAUACAUUAAAGACCAUGAUGUUAUUGGUGGUGAUGUUUUACCAUGGCGUAAAUCUUUAAAUCCUCAAAGAUCAAAGGAAUCAAUCCGUCCAAUCUUUUGGCAAAAUCGUAAGCACUCUUAUAUUAGCCGUACUUCUGGUUGGGAUGAAUUUCCAAAUGGUAGAUGGGGGGAUUCUCGUUCUCCUGCUUUUGGUGAUAUUGAUUUAUUUGCAACCGAUUUAUUAAGACAAUCUCCUAAAAAGGCUAUUGAGUUAUGGGGGUAUCCUCAAUCAUUGAAAGAUUUUUCUGAACUCGUUAUCUCUUAUAUUAAUGGUGACUUGAAAUCUUUACCUUGGUGUGAUGGUGCUAUUGGUAAAGAUACUGAGGUUAUUAGCAAUUCUUUAGUUCAAAUUAAUAAAAAAGGUUUCUUCACUUUGAAUUCUCAACCUUCCUUAAACGCUAUCAAAUCAAACGAUAAAAUUUAUGGUUGGGGUCCUAAAAAUGGUUAUGUUUAUCAAAAACAAUAUUUGGAAUUUUUCGUUCAUCGUGAUACUUUGAAACCUUUAUUAACUAAUGUUGAUAAUUACAAUAAAUCAGCUGGUUCUGGCUCCAUCACUUAUUACUCUGUUGAUAAAGAAGGUAAUUUAUUUUCUAAUACUAAAGAUGGUGAUAUCAACGCUGUUACUUGGGGUGUUUUCCCUGGUGAAGAAAUUUUACAACCCACAAUUGUCGAAAGAACUUCUUUCUUAGCUUGGAAAGAUGAAGCUUUCAGACUUAUUGAUGAAUGGGUUAAAAUCUUGCAAAGUCAAAAUGUUGUUAAAGAACUCGAUAUCCCUCAAGAGAAGAUUAAUAACUUUGUUCAACUCAUGAAAUCUUUUGCUGAUGAUUUUAUCUUGUGUAAUUUUGUCAACAAUAAUUUCUUUGACGAUAAUCAAACUGUUUUCAAUUUGAUUAAUGAAUUGAACUUACCUGAUUUACAAUAA